GCAGCAAGAAAACGUGCAAGACAAGAGAAAAGGCAGUAUUCCUCCUGGUUCUGGUUCAAUGUUGUGGUCUCUUUUCAAUAUUCCUCUCUUCGUUUCAAAAUGAGUUAUCCAAAGACUCCCUCUAAGUCUGCUUCCCACAAGACUCCGCACAAGACUCCUCGGAGGCCCAAUGCCGCGCGCGAAGAAGUGCAGGUGUUUGGUCGCUUGAGGCCUCUCCGCAGCUCUGAAAAUGGACCAUGCGUGCGUGUUGUCGGCAAGACUGAUAUGGUUCUGGUUGCGCCAGAGGGCUCGUCUCAGUAUGGCCGGAAAGCACAGCAGCAUCAGCAUUCAUUUCAGCGUGCAUUCGGCGCUGGCUCGUCACAGAAAGAAGUGUUUGAGGAGAUUGGCUUGCCUCUAGUCCAGGACUUGCUAAACACCAAGAACGGUCUUCUUUUUGCCUACGGUAUCACUGGCUCUGGUAAAACACAUACUAUGACGGGCGAGCCGCAGGAUCCCGGAAUUCUACCGCGGUGCCUUGACGUUAUCUUCAACAGCAUCCAGCAUUUGCAGGCCAAGAAAUAUACUUUCAUGUCCAAUGGCAAGAACUCGUUUGAAAUCAAUACAGAGGCGCAAGCCGAAAGAGAGCGCAGGCGUCUGUAUCCCGGCCGGAACAGGCGGCGCCACGAGGAGACUAGUGUUGCAGACACUGUUCGUAUUCCUGAUUCAAUUGUAUUCGAUGAUGUUGAUCCCGAUUCUGUGUACGGUGUUGUGGUGUCAUUUGUGGAGAUUUUCAAUGAUUACGUCUUCGAUCUGCUGGAAGAUGCAAAACCAGAUAAAGACAUGCGUGAUAAGGGCCCGCAAAGUAAGAGAAUGCGUGAAGACACAGGGCGGCACCAAAUGUACGUCAGUGACGUGACCGAAGUACCCGUAACAUCUACGGAAGAAGCAUACGAACAGCUUGUCAAGGGUCAGAAAAAGCGUCGCGUGGCGCAUACUCAGCUGAACCAUGAAUCCAGCCGCAGUCACAGUAUCUUCAACAUUCGUCUUAUCCGUGCGCCUCUGGAUGAGGCAGGAAAAUCCGUUUUGUUGAAUGCCGACUACCUCCGGGUUAGCCAGCUUUCUCUGGUGGACUUGGCAGGGUCAGAACGUGCUGUCCGCACGCAGAACGUCGGUGAACGCUUGCGUGAAGCUGGGAAUAUCAACCAGUCUCUGAUGGUACUGAGAACGUGUUUAGAGUGUUUACGAGAUAAUCAGAACAAACCUCCCGAGCAACAGAAGAUCGUGCCAUACAGAGAUUCCAAGAUAACCCAGCUCUUCAAGAACUUCUUCGAGGGAGAUGGCAAGGUCCGCAUGAUCAUCUGCUGCAGUUCGUCCAACUCUGACUUUGAUGAGAUGCUGCAUGUGAUGAAGUUUGCCGAGGUUACUCAGGAGGUCACCGUUGCAAGGAGUCAGGCAGUCAAGUUCGACAUACCGGGACUGGCUGCUGGCAGGCGGCAGAUCAACAACGCUCUUGAGGCUAUGGCAGAUGGCCGAGCACCUAGCAGCGACUCACUGCCGUUCAGCGUGGAGGUAGCACCAGCACCAGACUCUCCGUAUACAGGCUUUGCCACAUUCAUUGAUACGUUUGAGGGUCAGACAACUCAAUUUGAGGCCGGCUGCCAAUACGUCGUUAGAGGUAUGGACGCGUUCAAGUCAGCCCUGAUCCAGGCAAUGGGUGCGAUGACCUCGAAUGACGCUCUAGCGCGCGCCAACGAGAACCUGGAGCGAAUCAACCAGGACUUAGUGUACAAGGUGGAUGAUCGUGACCAAAAACUAAAUCAUCUCAUUCAGAUUGUAAAGAGCAACAGUGCUGAAGAAGAGAAGCGACGUGUGCGCCAUGAGCAGCGCCAUGAGCAAGCAAUGCACGAUGCAGAGGAAGAACGGCGCAGAGCAAGGAAGGAGGAAGAGCAUCGCCUUGCCCUUCUAGAGAACACGGUGCCCCAGACCAGCAUGCCGGAGCCCAUGGCAACUGGCAUGUCACCCAUGGCAACCGCCAUGUCACCGCGCUCUCCACAGGUAGCAGGAAUCGACUCUCCUGACAAGGAGAAUGCCUUCGGUCAUGGUGGCAGCGGUGCCGCUCCGCUCUACACACGCAAGCGACGGAGCGACGAAAAAUGGCUUGAACACAAGCCGGAGGGAACACUUCAGACAGAUACCGUACUUCAACCUAAGCUGAAAAAGAGCAAAACUGUCACGAUACCCAAGAAGAGCGACAUGACGAGCAAGAACUAUGGUCGUUACAUGCUCCACCACCAGGAGGAGGAUUCCAUAGGCGAGGUGAAGGAGCAGCUCUUCAAGGGUGCCAUGAUGAAGACCAGAGGUGGUGGUAUGAGUGUGCAGUUCACCGAUGUUGAGACUCUGCAACAGCGCCGCCCUGAACAGCUUAGAAGAAGUGAAUGUAGCCCUGUGAAGCCGCUUGAGCCGACAGCUCCUGCACUCGAGGCUGAUGUAGAUGUUCCCGAGCGGUGUGCCACAGCGUUUGAGGGACGACCAGGCAUGAUGACACCAAGUGUGGCACACCGUGUUACCAGCGGGAGAUGAGAGGGAUUGUAACCACACUAGUCCAACUCCAGUCCAAAUCCAGUCCAGCCGCCUUCUAAUAAUUUCCCCAGUUUCCCAAAGAUUUUUUCACUACUUUCAACUAUACGUACCAUAACCCAUACCUUCUGCGUCCCUGUCGCCUCAAGACAGAGAGCACAAUGCGACUUAUCACCGGUAUACAAUACACAUCAGCAAUUCCCCUCCUGAAACAAAGCAUGUCAAUAAUCAACCAAAUGUUCACAUUCUUUUCAAUAAUCUUUUGCCAGCUUUGGUACAUAUUCCUAUUCCAGUGGCCCCGAAAGGUUGGCCCACAAUAUCUCUCCGAAGUCCUGAAGUCACCUCGCUGAAGUCCUGAAGUCACCUCUCCAACUUCAUGAAAUUGUGUACGUAGUGAACUGCCGUACAUAAAACCCCAAGUUUCGUUCCGUCCAGAGGUAUAUUGUGUUGCGGUCUCUGGAGACACAGAUCGACAGUUACCUCUGCACUCUCGUUUGUCUGCUCAACUUUUUUUCUACUGUUUUCUACUUUGUGAUAUUGAGUGUGGCCAAUGCAUGCCAUUAAUAUUCGACGAAACCGCAUCAUAUUAUAAACUAGUUGUCUUGUGUCUCUCCUUCAUGGACUCUUCUUGUGUAUAAGAACUACACGUCCUUGUUCAUGUAGAAACUGCUACGAUCUAUUUGCUCUUGCCAUUUGCUGCUAAUGUUAUUUGGCACUGCAUUAUCUCACCAUCAUCAUCAUCAUUAAGAAUAUGACUAACCUGCCCCAGCACCAAUAUGGCAGAGGCAGUCGCUGUGCCAGUGUUCGCAAAAAUAUGUACAUUAUACAAUUAAAAAUAAUUAUUAUGUGAAUACAACGGCAUAUGAACAAAAAUAAUAUGAAAGCAA